AUGCACAACGAGGAUAAGAGAGAGACAGAGAGGAGGAGAGACAGAUAUGGCUAUUCCGGGUUGGAGUAGUGCUCCUCUUGCUGUCCCCUCGGUCUCGGGAUCUCUUCCGUCGUCCCCUUCUUCUUCCCAUGUCCUGCCAUUUGCUGCCUUGAUGAGCUACACAACAGGCGGCGGCGGCGGCACUCGGCCCAUAAUCAACAUGUGGACGCCCAUUCGCCUCGAGGAAGCAGCCACCACCACCAUGACCGCCGGCGUUGCUUCCCUGAAUUGGGGAAGAAGAGGAGAACAUCUCCGGAGGUUCCUCCCCCACGCAACGUCCGCUGAUCAGACACCGCUGGACCUGACAGAGGAGAAUGUGAUACAAGUUCUGGAGGAUGCUAGAUCAGAGUUUGAGCAAAUCUUUGAUACUUCGGUUGGCAUGACGGGUGAGGCAAAGCUCGCUGAAUUGGACGGCCCCUUCGUGAAGCUCAGCCUCAAAGGCCGAUUUUGGCACAAACGGUCCACUGUUCUCGCAAGGCUUGGCACUUAUCUCAAGCAGCGGAUCCCCGAGAGUUGGUCGCUUGACUCCUCAGAAAGGCACGUCCUGACGUUAUCAGCAGUGAUUGUUAAUCACCUACCAUAUUCGCUGUCGCGCGGAGCAUCCGUCGGCCAAAUUUUCAAACACUUGGACGCACCGUCCAGGUGAAUCCUGCCAUGUGUAAUCAAAGGCGAAGUGACCCUUUUCUUCUUCUUUCCUCCUCUCAGUUCUAGAGCUGCUUCCGGAGCCUUUUAACCAGGAGAGAGUAGAACAAUGGAAAUUUUUCAGAUCAUUUGCUUUCCUCUUUCUUCUUAAACAACUUCUUU